AUCCCCGAUAACGCGACGCGCGCCCCCGCUUGGCUGUGAAUGGGGACUGGGUCCGGCUUGUGACAGCUCCUCCUCGGCGGUGAAGCCUCAGACACAUCGGUCCUGCCCGUACAGUCCGGUCCGCUGCUCCCAGACACACCGGCAGUCCACGGCACAGCUCCUCCGGAAUGAGAAAUGAUGGCCGGCUCUUCAGCAGAGGAGAAAACCUUCCGACGGUUCCUGGAGCUCUUUCUCCGGGAGAUGAGGAUGCCGCUGCAGGAGAGCGACCCGGUGCCGAUGCGCCCUUUGUCGGACCUGGUGUCUGAGGACGAGGUGGAGGGGGAAUGUCUCGACCUGUGUCUCCAGCACCUCUACAAAUAUAACUGUCCAUGCUCCCUGGCUGCAGCCCUGGCCAGAGCCACAGCAGACAGCCUCCUGCAGACUGACCUCUCCAUCCACCACCUCAAUAAGACUGCUGAAGAUGGAGCUGACCCACUACCAUUGAUUGAGGCUGUGAAGCUGGCCCGGCUGGUGUUUAAUAGACUGUUUGAGAUGUGCUGCCUCUGGCUGAAGGAGCUGCCCUUCCGCCGCCGUCCACAGCCAUACUACGAAACUUCCAUUCACGCCAUCAAGAACAUGAGGCGCAAGAUGGAGGACAAGCAUGUCAUCAUCCCUGACUUCAACACACUCUUCAAUGUUCAGGAUCAGGAAGAACAGGCUUUCUUUGCUGUGUUUGACGGUCACGGUGGUGUGGAUGCUGCCAUUUAUGCUGCCAAUCACCUCCAUGUCAACUUAGUUCAUCAGGAAUCCUUCAGCCACGACCCCAUCGAGGCGCUCUGCAAAGCCUUCAAAGUCACUGACGAACGCUUUGUAAAGAAGGCGUCAAGAGAGAACUUGCGCUGUGGCACGACAGGCGUAGUGACGUUCCUGAGGGGUCAGACCUUGUAUGUGGCCUGGCUGGGAGACUCCCAGGUCAUUCUGGUCAGGAAAGGACAGGCCGUGGAGCUGAUGAAACCACAUAAACCAGACAGAGAGGAUGAGAAGCAGAGGAUCGAGGCUCUGGGAGGCUGUGUGAUCUGGUUUGGCACAUGGAGGGUUAAUGGCAGUCUGUCUGUAUCCAGAGCAAUAGGGGACUCAGAGCACAAACCCUACAUCUGUGGUGAUGCAGACCAUGGUAUCUUCCCACUAGAUGGUUCUGAAGACUACCUGAUUCUGGCCUGUGAUGGAUUCUGGGACACAGUGAAUUCAGAUGAGGCAGUGCGGGUGGUCAGCGACCACCUCCAGGAGAACUCUGGAGACACGACCAUGGUAGCCCACAAGCUAGUGGCCUCUGCUCGUGAUGCGGGCUCAAGUGAUAAUAUCACUGUCAUAGUGGUCUUUUUGCGGGACCCGCGCUCCCUGCCACCCACCAGCACAGAAGACGAGGAGGAGGGGGUUGUAGAGGGGCAGGUGGAGGAAGAGGAAGUAGCGGAGGUGGAGGAGGAGGAACAGGAAGAGGAGGAGGAAGAUGAGACAGCCAGGGUAGAGCGCAGCGGUGAAGGAGGGAGCACUGCAGACAUUGGGGGGAAGAGUCGUGGAGGAUGGCCCCUACAGCAGUGCUCGGCACCUGCUGACCUCAGCUAUGAAGACCGAACGGACUCGUUGACAGACAGAACUAGCCUCAGCCUACUCGGGCCAUCACUUGAGGGCCGUAUCUCCUUGACAGGGGGCUCACGGGAGCCCUGCUCUGGCUUUAGCCCUGACCUCUUCACAGCCUCCCACAUCUACCAAGUAGAACGCCCAGUGAGGCGCAGGUCUUGUAUUCCUUUUCAGGGGUCUAGCAUCUCUAGCUUUACGGACCCACUCUGGCCCCAGACAGCCAUGCUUUUAGGCCAGGCAGUGAGGAAAAGCCACAGGCUAGGUUAUGGUAGUCGCCAAUGGGGCCGGAGGUGGCCAGGCAGAUCUAGGGAGCAGUUAGGCCUAUUACCAUCUGGUCACUUGCCACCCCACAUGCAGCGCUACUCCAACUGGAGGCCUGGAGUGGCAGUGCCUCACCUGCCCCAUGAUGCUAUCAUCUGAAGAGAUGACCCAAACCAAACCAUCUCCUUCAUUUAUUCAGUCCUGCUCCCUGCC